AUGUCGUGCGCGUCGUGCGCGGCACGAAUUGAGUCGCACGUGGGUCGUUUGCCGGGCGUGAAAAGGGUGACGGUGAACUUCGCGGCAAUGAGCGCCCAUGUUGUGCACGAUGCGCUGCUGCUUUCGCAGAAGGACUUAAUCAAUGAAAUCGCGGCCAUGGGGUAUACAGUGACACCGCGCGCGAUGCCACUGAACGCGUCGCUGUCGUCCGACAGUAUGAUAAGCGACGCGGUGCAGUUGUUGGUCGGCGGCAUGUCGUGCACGUCAUGCGCUGCGAGAAUCCAGUCGUGUGUGCGGCGUCUGGACGGCGUGAAGGACUGCAGCGUUAAUUUCUCAACAGGCGUUUGCGCUGUGAAGCUUGAUAGCGGAGAGGCUCGCGACCGUGUCGAGAAGCUCAUUGAAUCGUUGGGGUACACGGUCGCCCCCAUCAGCAAUACAACGGAUGCGGCGGUCAUCGAGCAGACAAAGGAAGCCCUUGAGCGGACACGGGAGAUCGAUGACCAUAGGAGGCGGUUUGUCGGAGCCGCGGUGCUGGCAACGCCGUUGGCAGUGGUCAUGUUGAUGAUGGCAACAACGCAUGUUCUUGACGACCAUGGUACAAUGAUGUUAGUGGACGGCAUGCAGCUGGGAGUCACGACGCCAAUUGUUUUUUACUACGGUUCGGGUUUUUUCACACGAGCUUGGCGGAGUCUUUUGCGUAAGACGUUUACCAUGGACACAUUGGUCGCCAUCGGCACUGGGUGCACAUAUUUCUACUCGCUUCUAAUGUGGAUUGUCAAUGUACUAACGCGGCGCCAUAUGGUGACCUACUUCGACACCGCUGGCAUGCUGCUUGCCUUUAUGCUUCUUGGACGUUACCUUGAGGCGCGCGCCAAGCGCAGCACGAGCGAUGCAUUGAUUGAAUUGAUGAGCUUAGUACCACCUGUUUCAAUCAUAGUGAUGCCGCAAGGAGAUAUGGUAGUGCCGUCGUCGUUCGUCAAGAAGGGCAUGCAGGUUCGUGUGCUGGCAGGUGACCGCAUACCUGUGGAUGGAAUUGUUGUGGAAGGGAUGUCGGAUGUAGAUGAGCAAAUGGUGACAGGCGAGGCGGUGCCGAAGGCGGUUAAGCCAGGGACAGAGGUGAUUGGUGGAACCACAAAUAUGACAGCGAUGCUGGUGAUACAGGCGAACAAGAUCGGUGAGGAAACUAUGCUGUCCCAGAUUCUUCGCGUGGUGCAAGAGGCGCAAAACAGCAAACCUGUCAUUCAGCGAGUUGCUGACCAGAUUGCAGCAUAUUUUGUGCCAUUUGUCGUUUGCUUCUCUCUGCUGGUCUUCAUAACGUGGAUGAUUCUUGGCGUCCUCAACGCAUACCCGCCGGAGUGGCGCAACCCCGAGGAGUCGUCAGUGCUGUUUGCGUUCAAUUUCUUCAUCGCCUCUGUUGUCGCGGCGUGCCCCUGCGCGCUGGGGCUUGCGACGCCCACCGCCAUCAUGGUUGGCACUGGUGUCGGUGCAAAGAAUGGUGUGUUGGUAAAGUCUGGAACAACUUUGGAGGUGGUGCGCCGAUCGAACUGUAUUGUGUUCGACAAAACUGGAACGAUAACAAAGGGCAAGCUUCAGGUCGUCUUCAAGGAGUUUCGAUGCGACGAUGUCGACGUCGACGCCGACGCAGCCAUCAAAGCGGUGGGGGCCGUGGAACAGCAGUCCAAGCACCCGGUCGCCAAGGCUGUUGCCGCCGAUAUUCUCACCGCCACUGAAAACACGUUGUAUGAGGUGGUCAGCUCGAAGACCUACGGCGGCCUGGGCGACGAGGCUGUUGUGCGUCGCAGNGAUACCGGGCUGCAACUAAAAGUACACGUCGGAAACCUGGCACUGAUGCAGCAGAGUGGUGUCCAGGUGCCGUUGGCGAUUCGGCGCACCGCGCAGCGGCAAGGCGAUCUGGGGAGGACCACGGUUGUUGGUGCAGUGGAUGGUGUUGCAAUGCUUGUUUUUGCGCUUUCCGAUGAACCUAAGGAUGAGGCAGUUGGUGUCAUCCGCUUCCUCCAAAAGCAGCACAUUCGUGUCCUGCUUGUUACGGGAGACAACCGCAACGUUGCAGCACACGUGGCCAGUGCAGUUGGAAUACCGCUACAAGACGUGUAUGCUGAAGCCCUCCCCACCACAAAGUCCGGUAUUGUCCGUCAGUUGCAAGCAGAAGGACAAAGGGUCAUUUUUGUCGGUGAUGGUAUCAAUGAUAGCCCCGCACUGGCGCAGGCGGACGUCGGCGUCGCCCUUGGAGCAGGAACAGAGAUCGCCAUUGAGGCGGCUGACGCAGUACUUGUGAGCAAUACUCUGGUUGACCUCCUUAACCUCCGAGCCCUUUCCACCGUCACCGUUCAUCGCGUGUACGGCAAUUUUGUGUGGGCAUUCAGCUACAACCUUGUCAUGCUGCCACUAGCCAGCGGUAUGUUCUACCCCAUAUUGCACCUACGGCUCCCGCCUGUAAUUGCAGGUGCGGCGAUGGUGCUCUCAAGUCUAAGUGUGUUGUUGUCUAGCUUAUCACUACGCUGCUUUUCCCCAUACAGACAAGACGCGUUUAUUGACAACUGCUAA